AUGGAGACCCCCUAUGGGAAAAAGCCGUUCUUCAUGGAACUACAUACUUCCAGACUUACUGCAUACUUCAUGGAACUUCAUGGAGUUCCAGCAGGGGAAGCCCACUGGUGCUUCCGUCACCAGUUCUGGCCACUGCUGUCCAACUGUAUUGGAGCUUCUCGAAACAAGUCUGAGAAGAAGCGUCGGGACCAGUUCAAUGUUCUCAUCAAAGAGCUUAGCUCCAUGCUCCCUGGCAACACGCGGAAAAUGGACAAAACCACCGUGCUGGAAAAGGUCAUUGGAUUUUUACAGAAACACAAUGAAGUCUCAGCGCAAACGGAAAUCUGUGAUAUUCAGCAAGACUGGAAGCCUUCAUUCCUCAGUAAUGAAGAAUUCACCCAGCUGAUGUUGGAGGCGUUAGACGGCUUCAUCAUCGCAGUGACCACGGAUGGCAGCAUCCUCUAUGUUUCAGACAGUAUCACGCCUCUCCUGGGGCAUUUACCGUCAGAUGUCAUGGAUCAGAAUUUGUUAAAUUUUCUUCCAGAACAAGAACAUUCAGAAGUUUAUAAAAUGCUCUCUUCCCAUAUGCUUGUGACAGAUUCCCCCUCCCCAGAAUACUUAAAAUCUGACAACGAUUUAGAGUUUUAUUGCCAUCUUCUCAGAGGCAGCUUGAACCCAAAGGAAUUUCCAACUUAUGAAUACAUAAAAUUUGUAGGAAAUUUUCGCUCUUACAACAAUGUGCCUAGCCCCUCUUGUAAUGGCUUUGACGGCACCCUUUCAAGGCCCUGCCGGCUGCCGCUGGGAAAGGAGGUCUGCUUCAUCGCCACAGUUCGUCUGGCAACCCCACAGUUCUUAAAGGAAAUGUGCAUAGUUGACGAACCUUUAGAGGAAUUCACUUCAAGGCAUAGCUUGGAAUGGAAAUUUUUAUUUCUGGAUCACAGAGCCCCUCCGAUCAUAGGAUACCUGCCUUUUGAAGUUUUGGGGACCUCAGGCUAUGACUACUACCACAUUGACGAUCUGGAGCUCCUGGCCAGGUGCCAUCAGCACUUGAUGCAGUUUGGUAAAGGGAAGUCCUGUUGCUACCGGUUCCUCACCAAAGGCCAGCAGUGGAUUUGGCUGCAGACGCAUUACUACAUCACUUACCACCAGUGGAACUCCAAGCCCGAGUUCAUCGUGUGCACGCACUCGGUCGUCAGUUACGCGGAUGUCCGGGUAGAAAGGAGGCAGGAGCUGGCUUUGGAAGACCCACCACCCGAGGCCAUCCACCCUUCAGCACUCAAGGACAAGGGCUCCAGCCUGGACCCUCAGCAGCACUUUAACGCACUUGACGCAGGCACCUUGGGCCUUAACACCAGUCAUUCACCAUCAGUGUCCUCCAGAAGCUCCCACAAAUCCUCACACACGGCCAUGUCAGAACCCGCCUCUGCCCCAAGCAAGCUGAUGGCAGAGGCCAGCACCACGGCUUUGCCGAGACCAGCCACCCUGCCCCAAGAGCUCCCCGUGCCAGGGCUCAGCCAGGCAGCCACAAUGCCGGCUCCCCUGCCUGCCCCGUCAUCCUGUGACCUCACACAGCAGCUCCUGCCUCAGACCAUUUUGCAGAACCCACCUGCCCCCAUGACACAGUUCUCAGCACAGUUCAGCAUGUUCCAGACCAUCAAAGACCAGCUGGAGCAGCGGACACGGAUCCUGCAAGCUAACAUCCGGUGGCAGCAGGAGGAGCUCCACAAGAUACAGGAGCAGCUCUGCCUGGUCCAGGACUCCAAUAUCCAGAUGUUCCUGCAGCAGCCAGCUGUUUCCCUGAGCUUCAGCAGCGCAGCGCGGCCUGAGGCUCAGCAGCAACUCCAGCAGAGGUCAGCCCCAGCCUCCCAGCCCCAGCUUGUGGCCAGCCCUCAACUCCCAGGGCAGAUUGCCUCUGCCCAGGUGGCAAACCAGCACCUGCUCAGAGAAUCAAGUGUGAUAUCAACCCAGGGUCCACGGCCAAUGAGAAGCUCACAGAUGAUGCAGGGAAGUGGCCACUCAGUGAGCAGCUUGACGCCCCAGUUCAGCAGCACCACGGCUGUGCUCCCACCAGCUCUGAGCCUGACCACGCUUGCUUCUGCCUCCCAGGAUGGCAGCCAGUGCCAGCCCAGCCCAGACUUUGGUCAUGAUCGGCAGCUCAGGCUAUUGCUGAGCCAGCCCAUCCAGCCCAUGAUGCCUGGGUCCUGUGAUGCGAGGCAGCCCUCAGAGGUCAGCAGGACUGGACGGCAAGUCAAGUAUCCGCAGAGCCAGGCCGUGUUUCAAAAUGCAGACAUGCACACCACCAGCAGCAGCACCUCGCCCCCCGUCCUGCUGAUGGGACAGGCGGUGCCUCAGCCCAGCUUCCCCGCCGCCGCCUCCAGGCAGUCACCCCUGCAGCCCGCACAGGCCCCGCAGCAGGCACAGCACUUCCUGCAGGUACAGGCACCGACCUCUUUGCACAGUGAGCAGCAGGACUCCCUACUUCUCUCCACCUACUCGCAACCGCCAGGGACCCUGGGCUACCCACCCCCACCCCAGCCCCCACGCCCACCCCGAAGGGUCAGCAGCCUGUCUGAGUCCUCGGGCCUCCAGCAGCCGCCCCGGUAG